UUAUAAAAAUGCCCAAAUUUAAUCCUACAAAUUUCGAUUGGACUGUUGAAAGUAAUUGCUCCUGUGAGCUCCCGUUGAUAUGUAUUCGCCCUAUUAAGUUUAGGAAUCCCGUCCUUUGUAUUAAUUCCGCAAUUGACGUGAACAACUUUGAAAAUUUUUUGAAAAAAUCUCCAAAUGAGCAACAAAUUUCUCCUUCUCCACAAAAUUUUGAAAAUUGCUCCACAGAGCAAACAAUUUUUAAUACAAUCACCACUACUCCUGAGUAUAAUUCAACAACCACCACUCCCCAAUCUUUUAUACAGCAUAAUUUUAGUUUUUGGCUGAUUUAUACUUUGCUGGGUCUUAUUCUUGCUUUACAGGUUUUUGUUGUAAAUUUACUCCAUAAAAAGUAUUUAUAG